UUAAUUCUUCUAAAACCCUCUUAAAUUCUUGAAGCUUCAAGAAAGAUAUACUAGAUCGAGGGGAAACCCUGUGCACGGCUUCGAGUCUGCAACGCAUACGCUGCGCCAUGGCCCUCCUCGCCGCCUCCCGCCGGGCCUCCUCCCUUCCCAUCCUCCGCCGAGCCUCCUCGCAGCUGCUCCGCCCCAUGGCCCCGCCGUUCCCGAUGAUCAGGCACAGCUCGUCCUCCUCCAUCUGCGCUGCGAAGACGGCCUUAAUGAACGCCGCGAUGGACACCGUCAACGCCGAGCAUGGCUCCAGCGCCUGGGCCGCCGCACUGGACUCACUCCGGGCCGCCACCGACUCACUCAGCAACGCCUCCUUCGAGCACCAGCUCCUCCACGGCAUCGACUCUGCCGUCAAGUCCUCCGAGCCGCUCCGUAUCGCCGAGAUGGAGGAUACCGCGGGUUGCUUCCCCUUCGAAGUCAGUGAAAACAGAUACUUUGUUGGCUACGAUUUUAAAAGAUACAUUACUCUUAGAAGAACUUUUGAGGACGAGAAGAUUGAGGUUGUGACUCGUACGGACUGCCUUGAGACGGAUGGAAAAUCGUCUUUGGAAUCCUUACUCAUGCAGCUGGAACAUGGCAAAGGUGAGAAGAAGGCCUCAAGACCUAGCCUCACCUUUGAUGUCAUCGUCUCCAAGAGCAAUGGCUAUAAACUUCAAUUCACCUGUGUUGCGUAUCCGGACGACGUCAUCAUCUGUUCCAUGAAUAUGACGCCCGGGGGUUCGCCAAAAGAGCAGGAGCUACUGGAGGAUAUGUAUAAGUAUGACGGUUUCAAUAAUCUCGAUGAGAAUCUGAAGAAGUCAUUCCACAACUACGUGGAGCUGCGCGGGAUCACGCCGACGACGAUGAACUUGUUUCGCGAGUACAUUAUUAGCAAUGGCACCCGCAAGCAACACUUUUGGCUGAACAAGCUGUCAGAUUUCGUCAAGAAAGAUUGAUCUUCAUCUUAAUUUAGUUAUCCUACUAGGGCAACACGGUCGUUUUCUAGAGUAGCGUGCAUGAUCGUUUUGUUUUAUCUGCGCAUGUUUAAGACCGUUUUCUGUAACUAUGAUUUUCUCGAGGUACGUAGAGUUGAAACCAUUUUAAUUAGGU